UUUCAAAUUCCAUCCAAUGUGUACAUGCAUCUCUGCUUUUGUUUUCAAUACUUAAGGGGACCAUUUACCCUCACAAGGAUAUGAAUGUUAAAAGUUCUUGACCAUUUUAGCUGAGAACUGGCAUAAGACUUGAUGGGAGUAUGUCACAGUGUGAGCUAAGCAUGUGAUGGGAAGGGGUGGAUUGUUAAUAAAGGUGCAUUCAAUUGAAAAACGUGUAAAACAGCAUCAGCUGCCACUCUGCAUUGUCCCAUUCCCAUCACUAGGUGGCAGUACAUCCAUGUACAAAGCUGGCAGAGAGAUGACAAAUGGCCAGACUUCCAUUUGAUUCCUUUGCAGCACAUACAGCAGGCACAAGCACACUGUUGAAUGUGACUGGGUGAUUUAAAGCAUCUUUUCAAAAUUUCAGCCUUAUCUGUUUCCAGUUGGGGAUGAUAAGUACCAUAUUUCCAACAAAUGUACCCUUUAUUUCAUUGCAUUACCAUGUAUUCUUGUGGAUCUGGUGCAUGUGCCUGUAAAUGCCCAGAAUGCCAGUCUGCCUCGGGUGCUUAAAGUCUCCAAAAAAAACCAUCAGUGCCAGCUGAGGAAGCAGACAACACCCCCACCACGCCUCACCUGGGGGGUGCAGGAGUGCAGCUACUGCUCACUCAUGCAUCUUCUACCCCUCCCUUCCCUUCCCUUCCUUUCUCCUCCUAUCAUUCUCCCCCUUCCUCUGUGUUUCCUCUCUCCUUCCUUUCCCUGCCCCUCCUACCCACUCUCCCCUUGGCAUCACAUCCCACGUUAUCCCCUUUCCUCUCCUCCUCCUCCUCUCUCUCUCUCCCCUUCUCCAUCUUUCCUCAGCAACAGCCACACCCCAGUGCUCCAGCUCUGCACUCAUUUCUGCUGCGGACACAGUGGAUCCCCAUUUUCAGCAAAGCAGCCCAGUAUGGUGUUGGGAUGCAGAAGCUCUUGAAACAAUGACUCUGCACUUCCCUUUGCACCUGCUGGCUGUCCUGCCUGGCAGUAUCAGUGUACAGCUGUUUAUUUCCGUGCAUGUGUUACACAUUUACACUCCAAAGAUGUUGCACAAAUGUCAUACAUCAUCACAGGGAGGGUUUGCCUGCCAUGCAUGUUGCAGCCAUAUAAUCCCGUUGCGCAUACACUCCUGCACUUACGGUAGCUUCAUUUGCAAGGGGAGGGAUCAGAGGGCCCCAUACCGCUCUCAUUGUCACUACAGCUCUCCUCACUCACAAGGGUAUUAGUGCCGCUCAGCAGCCUGAACCUGCAGAAGCCGCUGCCUUGCCCUCCCCUUGUACCCUCUUUGCAGACAAAAAGCUGGAGUAUCUGCCCUACCCCACCAGGUCUGAGCAGACGCCUCAUCUCAGCACUUGUCUGUUUCAUCCAUAAGUGAAGACAGCUCUUCAAGCAGGUGACCUGUCUCCUCCCCGGUGUCCCAGCAGGCAGGCAUGGCAGACGGUCGGCAGCCAGACGAGCACUGGUCCUCAAACGGCCAAGAGAACGGUGAGAAUGGCUACUCCACCUACAGCUCUGCCUACAGGGAGAAUGGAUACCACGGCGGGGCAGCUGCACAUCCUGGAACGACAGUGGAUGACUCAGCCAAUUUGCCUCCCUCCCCUCCCCCCUCUCCAUCCGCUGAGCAGAUUGGGCCCGUGGCACAAGCCCACCCAGAAGAAUGUAUCAGUAAAGCACCGUGUGAGUCUGCUAUGAAAGAAGAUGAACCACAAGUGGCGUCACUACAUCAGUUGGCAGUUGAAAGUGCAACGCCUGAAGGUGCAGAUCUCGCCUCGAUUGAACCUCCCCUUCUGUCUGUAAAAGAGAAAGAGCUCUCUGACACCUCCUCAAUUGAGCAGGGUAAUCAAGACAGAAAGAAUGUAGUAGAAGAGGCUGCUGAGGGACACCUGCCUGUAGAAGAAGCAAAACAACCUUUACUGGCAGAGGAUUUAUCAAGUCUUAAGGAGGAAGACAAAAAGGAAAUUAUCUUACCAAGCAAAUCAGGAGUCCCUGUGGAUGAAAGCAAGAAAAAACCUGUUGUGGUUGGGGGAAUAAAUAAGGAGGGCCAAGAUAGUGGCAGUGACAUUAGAUUGCAUGAGACACCAGUGACUGACAUUCAAAAAGUGGAACACAGGCAAGAAACAGUUGAGUCAAGUCCAGAACCUGGUAAAGAGUUGAAAGCGACAUCAGAUAUUUUUGCAGAACACGAGUCAGGAGCGAAAACCUACUUUGAGACAUCCUCAAAAGGCAACGAAGAGGAGUCAGCACAAACCCAGAGCUAUUACGAACUCAGCACAGCAGCAGAGACAGUUAAGUUAAGUGGGGAACCUGAAGGCAUUAUGCAGAAGCUCGAGGAACAACAUGAGAGAAAAGCCGGAACAUCUCCUGGUAAGAUGUCAUUGGAACAAAGGAGUCACUCCCUAAACAUCACUGUUGGGUCUUCAGCAGGACAGACAGUGACUGGAGAGAAGUCAAAGGCCUUCUCAGAAAGGUUAUGUCCAAUCAGUGGAAGCUUUGAUGAAUCUGAGGUUUACCCUUCAACACCAUCUGUGGAGAGCCAACACCAGUUUCCUCCAGCUGUCUCUAUUACCCCAACUACCAAUGAAUCAUCUGAAGAUAUCCCCACCAAGGUAGAAACACCUUUACCUCCUGAUAAGCACAGUAGAUUUGAGCAUUCAGGCAGCCUGUCUGAGAUGUUGGACCUAGCUGGAGCCCUGCCUCAGCCAUCAUUAGAGAGGAGGGAGCUUGAUCACAUGAGACGAAAGUCUGUGCCCACUAAUGUAUCAGCUCUAGUGGGGAGUUCUUUGGCCAAGCUUGCCUUGGGAGAUCAGACCUCGAGAGGGGUGGGAGGGGACAGCCAGCUUGAGGAACUGGGCUACUGUGUGUUCAGUGAGUACUCAGGGCCGAUGCCUUCUCCUGCUGAUGUGCCCAGUCCUGGAGACUCUCCACACCAGCGUUUCCCUUCUAUGGAGAGUGAAGUUGAGGAGGACCUUGGGGCCACAGAAGUUGAAGGUGUUCAAAAAGGAAUGGAACAACAAGACCCUAAAGGAGCUAUCCCUGAAAUGUCUCAAAAAACAGUGUUUGAAAAGAAAGAUGUGCCAGUAAAGACUACCCUGAUUCUUGAAAAAGCUGUGACAAGUGGAAUUAAACCUGAUCGCCUAAGAAUCCCAAUUAAUUCCUCAAAAGAAAGACUGACGGAGUUUCGUUUGGAGAGUGGCCUGCCUGGUGACAUAAAGAUCCAAGCAAUCCCGGAGGUAGAUGUUGAAAAAGACCCCUCCAGAGAGGCUUCUCCCAUCCCACCAGACAAUUCAUUUACUUUCACUCUUGCAGAAACUGGAAGCAAGGCUCCCCCAACUCCCACCACCCCCAAGUCCCCAAAUGAUACACCCUCAGAAGCCCAAGUCACUGGAGAGAAGGCAGGGAAAGAUGUCUUACCAGAGGUCAAAGUAGAGAAGGAUCCAGAGGCUGAGAGGACUGAUGAUAAACAGACAGUGUUAAAUGAAAAAAUGCUGAAAUCUGAGCAGGGAGAAUCUGAAGAAAGUGGUGAACCAAAAAUGGCAAACACAGACAUACCUUCAGCAUCAUCUCAGUCUUUAGGAGAGAGCACAAAAAUAGACAACAAGAAGAUUCAAAGCGAACAUGGGACACCUACAAGAAUAGAAAAGCAAGACACCUCAAAAGCGGUUCAGGAUUUAAGCACUGAAAAGCGCUUAGAUGACAAAGAUGCCCAAAUCCAGUUAAAGGAGCUGACUCUGGAUAAAGGGUCACCAAGGCCACACAUAUCUUCCCCAGUCAUCAUUAUACCUCAAGCACAAAUAGAGGAAGAAGGAGAUGAAGAGGAUGAUAUUGAGAUUGCUGAAGAGCCUCAAGAGAUGCUGGAGGAAGCUGAAGUGCCUGUGCUCGCCAAGACAGAUAAAGAAGAGAAGAGUCUAAUCAAAGAAGUUGGGAAGGAGGAGCAAAAGAAAGUUGAGGUGAGGCUGAUGGUAGGCAACCAAGUGGUGGUGGAAGAAGACACCAAGUCUGGAGCAGAAGAAUGGAGUCAUAGUGCCCAAAACAGUGACGAUGGGGAGCCUGCGACAGACAGUUCACACUUGUCUCCAUGCUCUGACCAUGAUCAACCGGUUGAAGGUGGCAGAGAUGAAGGCAUGGGAGAGAAUAAAGUGGCAGAAGAUACACAAAUAAAUAGUGAUGAAGGGAAGAAAGAGGAGGGUGAGACGGUAAAGGAAGACCAACCAGAGGAGCAGGAAGUUGUUUCUGACGAGGUAGUUGAAGAGAAAGGGCAGAAGAUGGUGGAAGGAGAGGAUGAGAGGAUGGGUGAGGAAAAGGUGGAGGAGAAAGACAUUGAGAUUGGUCAGGAGGUGGAAGAGACCUCUGAUGUGCUCUGCCAGACCAGCAAGGCAGCUAACGAUGAAACCACCAUGGACGUCUCCAUCCUAGACACAGACAGUGGCUGGAUGGACUCACAAGAUGAUGACAAAAGUAUCAUGACUGAGCAAAUCGAAGCCCUUCCUCAGACCCAGAGUCCUACCAGUACACCUGUGGUGGACAGACCCGCUAAACGGGCCCCUGGCAGAGGAAGGGGCCGUCUUGGCACCACUGAGAGUAAAGUGUUCCGCAAAGUACCCAGCCACCAUCCACCUCGAGAGGAGAUAAAGAAGAAAAAAGGGGUGAGGAGGGUUGACCAGAAUAAGGUGUCAGCCCUCCAAAGUCGUUCUCCAUCUCGAAAGAGUGUAGCCAAAGCGGCGGCCAGACACCCUAGGCCUGCUCUGCUUCACGGCUCUGCUAGACGCAAGGCCACAGGUAUGGAAAGCCAUCAGCCCCUCAGUGUGGCCCACCAGUCCAGGGAGAGGACCACUGAGAGAGCAUACCGCAGCCCUGAGAAGAGGUCGUCCCUGCCUAGGCCUGCCAAGUCUCUGACACGCCACAUCCCUGCUGCUGAACAAGAGGACAGCACCCCCUGCAGGCCAACCUGCACAGACUCGGCACGUUCCCGAUCAGUCCGUAGCGGAGCCUCCACCCCUGGCUCCUCCGCCGUCACACCCGGCACACCCCCCAGCUACUCCUGCCGCACCCCUGGCUCACGCACGCCCGGCAGCCACACGCCCAAAUCCUUCAGCGUCCUCCAGGAGAAAAAGGUGGCGGUGAUCCGAACCCCACCCAAGUCUCCUUCCUCCGCCCAACGGCAGCUGAAGGUUCUCAAUCAGCCCCUGCCUGACCUUAAGAAUGUAAAGUCAAAGAUUGGGUCCACCUCCAACCUCAAGCACCAGCCGAAGGGCGGACAGGUCAUGAUUCCGAGUGUUAAACUGGACUUUAGCCACGUUCAGGCUAAAUGUGGCUCCCUGGACAAAAUCCAACACGCAGCGGGCGGGGGAAACGUCCAAAUCCAGACCAAGAAGAUCGACGUGAGCCACGUCACUGCCAAAUGUGGCUCCAUGUCCAACAUCCGCCACAGACCAGGGGGAGGUAAUGUACGUAUUGAGAAUGUGAAGCUGGACUUUAAAGAGAAGGCCCAUGCCAAGAUCGGAUCCCUGGGCAACACCAGCCACACUCCUGGAGGGGGAAACAUCAUGAUCGAGAGCCACAAGCUGACCUUCCGGGAAACAGCCAAAGCUCGGGUGGAUCACGGCGCAGAAAUCAUCGUCACCCACUCCCCCGGGGUCGAGACAGGAGGCACUUCCCCUCGCCUGUCCUCCGCCGGCAGCAUCAACCUCCUGGAGUCACCCCAGCUCUCCACGUUGGCCCAGGAUGUCACCGCUGCCCUGGCCAAGCAGGGCUUAUAAGCGGACUGCCUCCGCUUUCGGUUACCCUCCAAAAUCCAUUACUCCUCUUCCCAUCAAUCUCAUUCACUCAUCCAGUGUUCUCCCAAGGUCCCUAACUGCAACGUGACCCCAACACACACUCGACCCCACAGGUUCUACAGUUGUAGUUGAUUGACUGUCUCGUCCGUCAACCACCCUUCCAGCGGGAUUUUAAAAACUGAAUUCUCUCAUUAUUCUUCAUUCCACGCCCAGUCACUCUUUGUCUUUCGUUCAUUUUCAUUCGCUCAAAUAUGGACAUUUUUGUUUUGGUUUUAGAUUAUGAUGAAUGCUGAAGUUUGAGUGGAUGUGUUUGUCCAAGAAAGCAUUGGUGGUUUAACGACUGUACAGCGAUUUUUAGCGUGAAAAGCAUCACAUUCCACUUGGGUGGAGAUUAAGGCGAAACUCAUGCAUAAUGUCCAUUCAGAAUUUAUAUGGUACUGAAUGCAAGAUAUAACUACUAGAAACUAGACGCUAGUCUUAAAGAUACAGCUGUGCGAGAGACUUAACGUACAGAAAUUAGGUGUGUAACUGCACCUGCAAAAUGGCUGAUGAGCAUGUUUGCUAAAAUGUGACUUUUUAAGUCAAACGACAUGGGUUUUUUUGUUUUUUUGUUUGUUGGUUGGUUUUAAUCUUAUGAUUUUCUGAAACGUGCUGAAUUGUUGGACAAAUGGUGUUCUCUUGUUAUGUUUUCUUUUUAUAUAUAUGUCACUGUAGUAGAAGUUGUUACAGUUUUGUACAUUCCCCGUGGCUGCACUGGCUUUUUAGCACUUAAAUGUGGAUAACCAUUGCAGUUUUGUCGAGUCAAGCGCUAAAAGACUAGCUUUCCAAUAGAUUUUUCUUUUCUUUUUUGCAAACCAAUGGGCUGCUCUUUUUGUUUGGUUUUUACGUUAGCUCUGUGAUUUUUAUAAGGCUGCAACAAUGCUGUUAUGCUGGCAUGGCAAAUAAAUGAUAAAUAAAUUAGAUCUAUUUGGAGCAAUCUUAAACUUUUCGGUGUGAGUGUAAACAACCAGGGUGCAUUCUAGUGUGUUCAAGGCCCCUCAUGCUCCCGUGGCCUUUCUCUUGCAGAGACUGGGUUGUAUAAUGUAUUUGAAUGGGCAGCAGUCCCAAAGUUUGUUUGAAAAGAGGAAAGUACGAAGCUUUAUAUGAAAACAUUCCAUUGAAAGAGCAGCUACUUGGCCCUUUUGUGUGUUUGAACCAGUAACUUAACAGGAAAUGAAAGCAGAAAGGACAAAGAAAUGAAGAACGGGAGUAACCCUCAACUUGCAGCUGUUAGAAUUCAGAAAAAAAAGAAUAGAAACAAAACUGUUCUAGCAUAUUCUCUGCUCACCAUUGUGAAACUCUGCCCCCCUUAUCCUCCUCCCCCGAUGUCAGUUACCCCUCCAGUGUUUUUCUGUGCUCCCUUUACUCUUGCCUCCCUCUUUGCCUGUGUAAGUGUAUUUAAAAGACCAUGUAGAUGUGUGCACACUUUUCCGAUGUUUGAGACGUACUUAUGACAAAUGCUCCUACAGGAUGACGACAACAGAAAUAAAGAAAAUAAAAACU